AUGGAGCCGCAACAAACGUCACAACCACAACACAACGGGGAGAGCGCCAGGAUUUCCCCGCCGUCACCGCCGUCCCGGUCCUCGACCCGGUCCUCGCUAUCCAAGAAGUCGUCGUUGACCCUCGACCUUUCCAACAUGCCGCCGCUGGUGCAGCCGACGCCGCCAUCCAACACGCUCAUCUUCACCAACCUACAGUCGCUCGACAUAUUCCAGGCCGACAACCUGCAGACGAUACGGGAGCUGGUCGAGAAGACGGCGCCAAUCUACUCGUGGUCGCCGCUCAAGUCGUUCCGCCGUAUCAUCGUGUCCUUCUUCAGCGAGGACGCCGCCAUCGCCGUGCGCCAGGCCUGGGACGGCGAGGCCGUCAUGGGCGAGCGCUGCCGCGUCUACUUUGGCCAGCCCACGUCCGUCUCGGCCCAGCAGGACGUGCACCUGGCGCUGCCCGACGCCGGCAAGCUGUUCUUCAUCAGCCCGCCGCCCAGCCCGCCCCACGGCUGGGAGAUGCGCCUCGAGGACGCGCCCAACAAGAUGGUGCACGCCGAGGACCUGGCCGACGCCCUGGCCCGCCUGCGCCACCACAACAACCCCGCCGACAGCGUCAUGGGCGGCACCGGCUACUCGCCCGUCUCGCCCGCCGACAGCACCCGCCCCGACGGCGCCGGCGGCUUCGCCAGCCGCCAGCGCAGCCGCAGCUCCACCCUCAUCUUCCAGCCCCAGGAGCAGCACGACGGCAGCAGCCCCGACCUGCCGUGCGUCACCGUUGACGACAUGACGGACGAGCCCGGGGACAUCAGCCCCAUCGUGCCCGACUACACUGCCAGCGUAAAACCCAUCAUGGCGCACACCACGCGACCGCCGGUGGAGCUCAUGCUCGAUGCCUAG